GAGAGAGUAGAGGACCACUUUGCGACCCACAAGGGUUGUUGUUUUUCCUCCAUGCACUAUUUGUUUGCACUCCCGUGCGCACAAGGACUGCUAAAUGACCCAGCGCAGUCCUCCAAAGGGCUCCGGGGACUGGUCCGACUUUGCUUUUUUUGCUCGAGAUCCGCUAAGGGGACGCGAGAGGGGACUCGCUGAGCUGGAGGCAGUUUGUUGCAUGAACUCAGAAAUCACUGCAAUGGAAUGAGCCGCUGCACAAACUCUCCUAAACUUGUGGAGAACUUUUCUUUUGGCGUCUGUUUUCCUCCUGUGAGUUUUUAUUUGAGUUUCCACCCCAGUCGUGUAUGGGUACCGGGAGCUUCGCUGGAGAAUCCGGCUCAUGUGGAUCAGCGUUGACGGGUUAUGGAGCCGGGAUUACACAGCGCAGUGCCAGCCUGUUGAACGCCCACACAGGGGCCUAUCACACACCAUCUGCCUCGGAAUAAAUAACACUCUCCAGUGAAGACACCAUCCAUGGAAGUAGAGUAGAAGUUUUACAUAUGACACUGCUGUGAGCCAGAACAAUGGCACGCUCUGGAGCUCUGCACAGCGUCUGCAGAUCUGUUUGGCCUCUCGGUUGUGUGCUUUUGUUUUUUGGCUACUUAUCCUUGGCCUCGCCGUACCACGGUCGGCGGCUGAUAUGCUGGCAAGCCAUCAUGAGCUGCCAAGCCGAGCCCGAGUGCAAUUACGCGUACGAACACUACACGCGCGCAUGUGGCCCCGUGCUGAACGGGGAGAGGAGGAAGUGCCCGAGCCACUGCAUCUCCUCGCUCGUCCAGCUCAAUCUAACCAAAAACGGGCCGGCUCUGGAGGACUGCAGCUGCGCCCACGACACGGAUUGCUUGAGCACCAAGCAGGCCAUCGAGCCGUGCCUGCCCAGGACUACCAGCACCGGCUGUACGGAAGCGCGGCGCCAGUGCGAGAGAGACGGGCAGUGCAGCUCCGCGAUGCACGACUAUCUGAAGCACUGCGGGAAACUUUUCAGCGGGGCGAUCUGCACGAACGCCUGCCGGAAUGUGAUCGCGAAUAUGCGUAAAAUACCCAAGGGUCAGCAGCUGGACACAUGCAUGUGUGACGGCACGGAGAGGGCCAUCUGCGAGUUCGUGAAAAGCAGCAUGAAGGCGCUGUGCUUCGACUCUCCCGUGAGGGAAGAGGGCAGCGGGUCCGACGACUACCCAGAUCAAGAUUACGAUGACGACCCCCCGGAUCCGGACUACCUAUACGUGCCGGACAGUGGAGCCUCUCAUCCAGCGGCACACUGUGUUUUGACCCUGCUGGCAUCCAUUUUGGCUCUAUUGCCCCUCAUUUAAUCCCCGGGUUCAUAAUCUGCCCCGACUUUUGUCCGGAUAAAAGGCAAUCUAAACUUUUGUCACUCUUUGACCUGCUACUAUUGUGAAAGGUCAGAGCCCCACAGACUAAAGGAAAGGCUGUUUUUGGCGCAGGCCUUGUUUGAAUUAAGAGUUUAGACUCUGAAGGAUCUCAAAUCAGGAUAUUUUCUAUGCAAAUGAGACCAGAAAAAUAUAUUUUUAAAGUGCCUGACCUCCAGGCUGCUUUCUUAUCAAACACACCACUUCACUGCUCUCCACAUGCUUUGCUUAUGUGAUAAGCUACAUUAGAUGACUUUCUCUCAGUCAAACACUCUGAUUGUAAAGUUGUCAUGAUAGAGACACAGUUGGCUUGUUUUGGUAACAAUGCAACGUUUAAUAAUCAGUACAUGCUGUGCACUGCCAGUCCUUUUUCUCUCCUUUUUAUUAAAGAACUAUUUUUAUAUGACACUGUUGCCAUUUGGCACCAGGCUAUCUGAUUUACAAGUAUUUAAUGCUGGAAUCUGUAUGAAACUGUAAAUAGAUUAGGAGUUAAAGUGAAACAGUAAUUUAUUACAUGCCACCUAGUUACAUCCAAAUGUUCAUCAUGUGAAUAAAAGACUGAGUAUUCCAGCUUUAAAGGGAAGUUAUUUUGACUGUAUUCUCUUCAAAGAUAAUAUGCAUUGUAUAUAUGUGUAUAGCCUAUAUAGAUUUUUUUUCAGAGAAUCCUUUAUGUUUUAGGCUAUGAGAUGAUUUAUUCACUGUGUAUAGCCUAGAGAAAGAAAUGUCUAAAUCCACUGUAUGAUUGCCUUAAUGAUAUACUUUUAUAGAAGGCAUAAAGGAAAACUUGAAGAUAUCAUUGUUGACUGCGAGUUAUUUGAGUUUCAGCCCUUGUUAGUGUGUUGCUUUAAUUCAGACCGACAGUAAAAUGAUCUUUUAAAGUUUCAAAAAUGUAUUUGUUGCCAAUUUGUCAAUUUGUUUUUUUCAGACAAGCAUGUUAUAGGUGUAAACAAAGCUUUUACGUUAUAAUAAGCAUGGUGGAAAAUACAUUUUGGAUCAUCAGCCAAGACUCUAGCAAAAUUAGUAAAAAUGAGUUCUGUUGACAGAAAGCAUUAGUGACCAUUUUCCGCUUUUAAGUAACACCAGUUUGGGAUAACUUUCUUUAUGGUUACAUAUCAGUUAUGUAACAAAAGAAUGCAAAUCUGUGUGUAAAUCAUUAUGUAACACACUUGUAUUUAGUUCUUAAAAUCUUUUGCAUAGGGUCAAAAGUGCAUUUCUUAAGGUUUUGAUGGUAAAAGCAACUUAUUUUGAUGCAUAAUUGACUACUUUAAAGUGCAAUAUGUUGGCCUUAGUUUGCUUCCACAGUGCUAAAUAAAUAUGGUUAAUAAUAUACUCUAUAUCAUUUCUGUUGCUGAUGAAGAUAAAACCCUGAUUUCAAUAUUUAAAAUUGUUGUUGUUAAAAUUGCAUUAUUUUAAAGCUGUGUGAGUGUGAAGUGUGUUAACUUCUGUAUCUACAGUAGAGUGAAUACAGGGUCAUUUAAAAUGCAGGCCAGCUUCCUCUGUUGACUGAUAGCCUAAUGACCUGCUGGGCCUUGAUUUUAGCUGGCUGUUGUCAAAAGAAACUAGCCCCAUAAAUCAACAAUUAGAACUUACAGCAUAGAAAGUCAAAAUAUUUUACUUAGGACUGCAACUACCAAUUAUUUUCCAGAAUAAUCAAUUAAUUGUUGGGUCUAUAAAGUAUCAAAAAUAGUGAAACAAUGUUCAUCCCACCUUCUCAAGUCCAAGGUGUUUUUAAAUGUC